AUGGCAAUUCGAUUGCAUUCUUACCGGCAUCUGUCCUCCUUGCUCCUAAUUAUAGCAUCAUCCGCGGCCGCAGCCACUCCUCUCACCACCCACCAGUUCAGUCACCCCUCUCCCACCUCUGCUAAUCGUCAUUCCACCAUCGUCAGCCAUUCGAACGAGCAGUACAAUGGUCGUCGCAGGCUCGUACUGCCGUCGCAUCUGGCUCGUCCGCACUCCGCGGACGACACGGAGCUGCCGUGCGGCGACGCCUGGCAGCACAACUACACCGCCUUCCACUCCUCCGCCCGCGCUGCCGCGCGCGAUCCAUCCGCGCGCGCGCAGGAGAAGGCGGAGUUGCGGUACCUGACGUUCACGUGCACGCCGGGGCUGUGCGGCGGGAUCGGCGACCUGCUCAUCGGGCUCGUGUCGUCGUUCCUGCUGUGUCUGCUGCAGGAUCGCAUUCUGAUCGUCGACUACCCCUGGAUGCUCCACGCGUUCGAGCCGAACCACAUCGACUGGCGCCUCGGCGACGACGUCCCCAUGAACCCCGCGCGCCCCUUCCCGCCGGGCCCAAGAGACAGGCGCAGGCGCGGGGGGGGGGACCCGAACGAGGUGCAGGAGGGGGAGGUGCUGCGCGUGAAUCUGCACAACCGCGACCUGCCGAGCAACGUGACGGAGUUCUUCGAGCGCAUGCGCGCCGCCAGGAACAUCCGGCUCAUGUGGAACCGCGGGCUGCUCGUGCGGCUGUAUGAGGAGGACGGGCCCUGGUGGCACGAGCUGCACAGACGAGGGCUCAGACUGCCGUCCGCAUUCGGGUGCAUUCUGCGAUACCUCAUCAUGCCGACGCCAGCAGUGCGGCACAUGGUGCGCGAGGGCAUAGUGCGGCUGACAUACCCGGGCACGGCGUCCAUCUGCAUCCACGUGCGCACCAGCGACAUCUCCACGUGGGAGCAGCCCAAGGUGGGCGAGAGGGUCAAGCCGCGCAAGGAGAACGUCAAGCGCCUCCUCAAGGGCUCCCAGCGCCUCUUUGCCUGCGCUCAGAAGCUGGAGGACUACUGGUAUUCGAGUGAUGCCCCAGGCAUGGCAGUCAAGUGGGUGCUCAUGAGCUCGUCACUUGGACUCAAGCAGGCUGCACAGAGGAAAUAUGGCAGUAAGGUGAUGACAACUGAUAUACAGCCCCUUCACAUUGAGCUUCAAGGCUUCUCAGAUGAAGAAAGGGCGGAAGCCUUUCGAUCCACCGUGGCAGAAUGGCUGCUAUUCACACACUGCAACCACUUCGUCUUCACCGAGUCAGGCUUCUCCAAGACUGCUGCAUUGUACUCAUUGAGAAGACUAUCAGCCCACAUGAUGGCAAGAUGGGCUGAUUCCUGGAGAGACCACUCGUGGAAAGAUAAAUGUGAUCCCGAGGAGCCCACCAGGAUUACAGUGCUAGGGAAUACGACCCGAUGGAGCGGGAUUUAG